GACUUUCUGACGAAAUAAGAAGACGACGUUGCAAACAACAGCUGCAAACCCAAAGCUGCGAUGUCAAACAAAUUGUUGGCUGCAAACAAUCCCCUUUUCAGAUGUUUGAAAACUCUGCGAGUCUUUCGGGGGAUCAGUACCGGGGCAGCGUGCCUAAAUUCAGUGAAUUUAAAGGGCCGCAGUUUUCUCACACUGAAAGACUUCAAUUCACAUGAAAUCAAGAGUCUCCUGUGGGCUUCAGCGGAUCUGAAACAUCGGAUCAAGUAUGAAAAGCAGUACCUUCCUCUUCUUCAAGGGAAGUCGAUUGCCAUGAUAUUUGAGAAGAGGAGCACCAGAACCAGAAUGUCCACCGAAACAGGUUUUGCUCUGCUGGGUGGGCACCCAUGUUUCCUCACACCCCAGGACAUCCACCUAGGUGUUAAUGAGAGCUAUAAAGACACAGCCAGGGUUCUCUCAGGACUCUGUGACAUUGUCUUGGCACGGGUGUAUAGCCACUCCACGCAGGAGGAGCUGGAUAAAGAGGCCUCCAUCCCCAUCAUUAAUGGCUUGUCUGAUCUGUACCACCCAAUCCAGAUCCUGGCUGACUUCCUCACCUUACAGGAGCAUUAUGGAUCGCUCAGCGGACUAACGGUGAGCUGGAUCGGAGAUGGGAACAACGUCCUCCACUCUUUCAUGAUGACCGCGGCCAAACUGGGGGUACACCUUAAGAUCGCCACACCCAAGGGUUAUGAGCCAAAAGAUAGUGUAAUUCAGGAGGCACAGAGACUCUCCAAACAGCAUGGGACUCAGUUGCUUCUGACCUCUGACCCAAUGGAGGCGGCCCGUGGCAGUGACGUCUUGGUCACAGAUACCUGGGUCAGCAUGGGCCAGGAGGAAGAGAAGAAGAAAAGGCUGAAGGACUUCCAUGGUUACCAGAUUACCAUGAAGACAGGAAGUGUGGCCAACCCAGACUGGACCUUCCUGCACUGUCUUCCCCGGAAACAGGAAGAGGUGGAUGACGAGGUGUUCUACUCUAACCGUUCCCUCGUCUUCCCCGAGGCCGAGAACAGAAAGUGGACCAUUAUGGGUCUGAUGGUUUCUCUGCUGACUGACUUCACUCCACAGAUUCCAAUGCUGAAGUUUUGACUGUGAAAUCUUACCCUCGCUUUUAAGUGCCAAGUGCUUUGUGACCUUCUUGAGCAAAUGUAUAGUGUUUUCUAGGACGAAUGAUCCUUCUGUGUGGGUGAAAUAAAUGUUUUGUCCAAAAUUGUAAAUUUUAAGUGUACUUGCAAUCUCAUUUUACUCGGCACAUCCUGGACUCGAUGCUGGAUUCGAUGAUGCUGCUCGGCUGAUGCUACCCUUAUAUCACAUGCAUUGUUUUCAAGUUUUUUUUGCCAAAACAGAUAAAAACCAAUCAUCUCGUCACAAUCCAGAAUGACUACUAAAUUCUAUUUGACCAUAUAGACAAAAUGAGAAAUGAUCAUAUGUAUAAAUAUUAUAUAAUA